CGGGUGCCGCGUGGCGGGCGCGGAGCUGCGGAUCGAGCGCGACCUGCGCGGGAUCCUGGCCCAUCUCGUCCUGCAGCUGCCCUGCAGAGCCGGUGCCAGCUGUGAGGGCUGUGGGCGCGGGCCUCUGGACACCAUGAGCGUCGGCUUCAUCGGGGCUGGCCAGCUGGCCUUUGCCCUGGCCAAGGGCUUCACAGCAGCAGGCAUCCUGGCCGCUCACAAGAUAAUGGCCAGCUCCCCAGACAUGGACUUGGCCAUGGUUUCUGCCCUCAGGAAGAUGGGGGUGAACCUGACACCCCACAACAAGGAGACGGUGCAGCACAGUGACGUGCUCUUCCUGGCCGUGAAGCCGCACAUCAUCCCCUUCAUCCUGGAUGAGAUUGGUGCCGACAUCGAGGACCGGCACAUCGUGGUGUCCUGUGCAGCUGGCGUCACCAUCAGCUCCAUCGAGAAGAAGCUGAUGGCAUUCCAGCCGGCCCCCAAAGUCAUCCGCUGCAUGACCAACACGCCGGUCGUGGUUCGGGAGGGGGCCACUGUAUAUGCCACAGGCACCCAUGCCCAGGUAGAGGACGGCAGGCUUCUGGAGCAGCUCAUGGGCAGCGUGGGCUUCUGCACAGAGGUGGAGGAGGACCUGAUUGAUGCCGUCACUGGGCUCAGCGGCAGCGGCCCAGCCUAUGCAUUCACAGCCCUGGAUGCCCUGGCUGAUGGGGGCGUGAAGAUGGGGCUUCCAAGGCGCCUAGCAGUCCACCUUGGCGCCCAGGCUCUGCUGGGGGCUGCCAAGAUGCUACUGGACUCAGAACAGCACCCGGGCCAGCUUAAGGACAACGUCUGCUCUCCUGGGGGGGCCACCAUCCAUGCCUUGCAUGUGCUGGAGAGUGGGGGCUUCCGCUCGCUGCUCAUCAAGGCCGUGGAGGCCUCCUGCAUCCGCACUCGGGAGCUGCAGUCCAUGGCUGACCAGGAGAAGGUCUCACCAGCUGCCAUCAAGAAGACUGUCCUGGACAAGGUGAAGCUAGACUCCCCACCGGAGGUCCCUUCUGGCCACUCCAAGCUGCUCCCCCGAAGCCUGGCCCCGGCGGGCAAGAAGGACUGAAGUAUCCGACUGUGAUGAGAAAAACAGCCAUUCUGAGUUGCUGCCAAGGCAUUUGACAGUGUGACAACCUUGCUCACCUAGAGUCUGGACAUUUAGAGAAGGCCCCGAGCUUAGGAUGCCCGCCACAAGUGCCCUCUUUGCUUUUCCUGGGGCACCCUUUAAAAUGACCACUUAGACCUGAGCCCACGAUAAGUUAAUGAUUUCCACCCCAACCACCUUGUAAGUAACAGAUGCUUCCUAUCCUCCUCUCUCUCCUGCUCGCUUGUGAUCUGG